CUGGACACUGAUGACCUUUUGGAUGGCUCAGUUGACCCCUCCAGUUCCUUCUUCUCCACUGUUGGGGGCCAUGUUCCGGAGGUCCAACCCCCCAGUCAGCUGUCAGCGAGUGAGCCCUCAGGGCUCCCCAGCAACAGCGUGGACCUGGACUUCCUCGAGGAUGAUGACAUCCUGGGGGGCUCGCCGAGUGCAGGUGGCGGGAACAACGGCUUCGGGGGCGACCAUGAGCCGUGUGACAUCCUACAGCAGAGCCUGGCCGAGGCCAACAUCACGGAGCAGAGUCUGCAGGAGGCCGAGCUGGACCUGGGCUCCUUUGAGCUGACUGGCCUGUCGCAGGUUAUGCCAACUCUGGCCGACCCCAGCAGCCUGGCCGUGACCGCGGAACCUGCUGUCGGGGUCGGUAUCAGCGUCGGGGUUGGAGGCCAGGCCCAGAUCUUCCCCGGGUCGGCGGCUGGCUCGGCGGUGCAGACUGGCGCGGACGUGCUGGGCUCGGUCCUGGCUCAUCCUGGUCUGCAGCUACAGCCCCAGGUGGUAAACAAGGCCAUCAGCGUCCAGCCCUUCGUGCAGCAGGUGGGCCUGGGAAAUGUCACCUUACAGCCCAUCUCUGGCCUGCAGGCCCUGCCCAACGGGAGCCCCUCCGGGCAUCUGGGCAUCGGGCAGAUCCAGGUGCUCGGCCAGCCUACGGUCAUGACCAUCAACCAGCCCAUGCAGCCCAUCCUGGCUAAAACGGUCGGUGGCUACCAGCUGCACCAGUCUGGCACAGAGAUCGGGGUGGCCGGCGCUCCAACUGGACUGGGUGGGCAAGUCCUGGGCUCGACGGGGGGGCUCCUGAUCCAAGGAGGGAAGUCGGCUGCGGAGUCCCCGGCACUGAAUGGGGCCGCCGUCACCGUGACUGCCGCUGGUGGGAAUGGCACCGCUGUGAGCACCUCUGCCGGACUUGUGGGCUUCGGUGGGUCCCCGGCAGGUACGUGCGUCGGAGCCCAGCCUCCGGGCCAGAUCAUGCAGAACUUGAUCAUCCAGCGCACGCCGACGCCCAUUCAGCCCAAGCCGCCACAGGGGGGCGCUCUCCAGCCCAAACUGUUCAAACAGCCGCACCAGCAGCAGGUGCUCCCCGCCGGCCAUGCCGUCCAGACUGAUGCUAAGGUCAUGGGGGUCCAGCAGGGGUCCGUCCCAGUUUCCUCUGCUCAGAAUGUGGCUUUCCUGGCUGGCAAAGCAGGUGCCAACGUGGUCUUGGGCACAACGGCGCCCACCCAGGGCACGCCCUACUCCCAGGCGCUGUUCAAGCAGCAGGCUCUGCAGGCGGCGGGGAAACCAGUCAGCGUGCACCUGCUGAACCAGUCCGGGAGCAUCGUCAUCCCAUCUCAGACCCUCCUACAGGGACAGAACUCCCAGUUCCUCGUGCCCCAGCUGCAGGCUGGGGGUCAGAUCCUGACCCAGCAUGCAGGGGGACACAUCCUUACCAGCCAGGGCCCUGGAGGUCAGCUGAUCGCGAAUCAGAUUCUCACCACCAAUCAGAACCUGAAUCUGGGCCAGGUUCUGACGCAGCAGGGACAGCCUGCUCACAUCAUCUCUGGGUCCAUCCAGCUGCAGCCUGGUCAGGUGACCCAGCCCACGCUCUUCCAGAUGCCCGUCACCUUGGGCCAGGCCCAGGCCCAAGCCCCAGGGCACACCCAGGCGGUCAUCCAGGGCAUGCCCAUUCAGAGCCCUCUGACCAUGCUGGGCCAAAUGGAGGGCCUGGGUCCGGCUGUCAGCCUGCAGGCCCCUCCCCAGCAUCCGACCUGCGGCCUUCUAGGAACCAGCGGGGUCACAUCAUGUCAGUCGGGGGAGGGCGUGACGGUCCUAGGUAGCUCCUUGGACCAGGCUUCAAAUCCAGCGCAGGCCCCACCCCCGGUCCUUACAGUACAGACCGGACAUCCGGUAACCGCGUCCUCAGUGGUCCCCUCGUCGUCGCCAUCAGCCUCUUCCUGCUCCUUGUCCCUGUCUUCCCUACCCCCUGGUGGUAUGACCCCGCUGCCAGCCCAGUUCCUCGCUCCCCAGGGCUCCAGCAUGAUCCUGAGCCAAGAAUCCCUGCAAAUGUUCCUGCAACAGGAUGAGCAGCAGGAAAGCGAGACUACCCUGGUCCCAUCAGGGUGUGAGCUCGUGUCCGCCAUCGUGAGUGCCAGCGGUCCGCCUCCUGCGGCCAGUGAUGGUUUGUCAGCUGAGGCCUGGCCUGGCCAGAGCCCCGCCCACUCACUCGGCCCCGCCCACAGUGAAAUGGCAGUUAACCAGCUCCCCUCUGCCGGGCCCCAGCAGCAGCUGAAAAUCCAGAGCGCCUCCCCCUCCCCAGUGGUGGCCACCCACCCCACGCCGCCCUCGCUUUCGGAAAGCCCGCAGGCGUCCCAGGCCUCCCCGCUCAUCCUGGGCCAGCAGGUCCAGUCGCCUCACCAGCAGCCUCCAUCCCAGCCGCCGUCGCGCUCCUGCACGCCUUCGUCGCUGCCCUCCCUCUUCAUCAUCCAUAACCAGCCUGCCGGCUCGCCCCACGGCCAGGCCCCAGCGGUCGCCCCCACCCAGCCUGUGUCCUUCCCACAGGACACGCCCCCGUCGUCCUGCUCUCCCAAACCCCCCCAGGUCACCCCUGUGCAGUAUCAGCUGGUGCCCCCACCAACAAGCUCCUCCCUGGGCCCGGGCCUGACCUCUGAGCAGCAGCAGACUCUACACCUGAUUGGCGCUCAGCUGCAGACCCUGUCUUCUAUCGCCCAGCCCUCAGCGCAGCAGAAACAGCUGCUUGACAAGCUGCACCAGGUCCAGCAGAACAUUAUUCUCCAAUCAAAGCAGCAGACUCAAAUGCAGCCUAUCACCGCCAGUCAGUUUAGUGUAAAGCAGGAGGCCACACCCCCUCCGGUUGUGACAUCAUCAGGCAGCCAAAGUGGCCCCGCCCAGCUCGUGCCAGUGCUCCAGCAGGCAUCGGUGCUUGUGAACACUCCGGUGUCGGGAUCCAACGAAGUUAAAGUGUUCCUGGGAGGCCCGCCGGCUGUUGGGCCCGUGGCGACCAGCCUGGCGCAGCCGCUUCAGCCAAAGCAGGGCGUCGUGGCCUCCGUGGGAGCGAUCCCGCUGGGGACGGGCAGCCUGCGCAUCCAGGUCUGCGGCAGUGGGCUCACGCAGCUGAGCACGUCGCAGACGCUGCCGACCAUCCAGACGCAGGCCUCUGCGUCCAAAAUGCCUUUGGUCAUGGAGCCAAGUAAAGAAGCCAGGAUGCUGGAGCAGCUCCGGAAGCAGCAGGGCUCAGUGCUGCACCCGGACUACGGCUCCCCGUUCCGCUCCUUUGAAGACACGCUGCUCAGGCUGCUCCCCUACCAUCUCUACCAGGGUACCCCCUCGUCCCCUGAGGACUAUCGCAAGGUGGACGAGGAGUUCGAAGGCAUGUCCAACCAGGUGCUGAAGCGGACUCAGGCUAUGCUGGACAAGUACCGGCUGUUGCUCUUUGAGGAGGCAAAGAGGCUGGGUCCGUCAGCUGAGAUGGUCAUGAUUGACAGGAUGUUCAUUCAGGAGGAGAAGGUGGCUCUCAACCAGGACCGUUUGCUGGCUAAAGAAAGACCAGAUGAGUAUGUGGCCCAGAUAGAGGGUGCUUCCACCAACAAACUGCCCCCCCCUCCGGCUGAAGCUGGGCCCACACGCCCUGGGCCAUCUGCAGCAGCGGUACCCGCCACGCCGCCGGCCUCCUUCUCGGCUGCUACCCACCUGACGCCCACCAGAAUGGUGAUCAAGCAGGGAGGGGGCACCACCUCUGUCACCUGGUCGUCCAGCAUCGCCCCGGCCCGGCCCGUUGCCGUGGCUGCCGACGAUGACGCCCUGCCGGAGCGCAGCAGCAAGCCUCCGAUCAAGACCUACGAGGCUCGUCGAAGGAUCGGACUGAAACUGAAGAUCAAACAGGAGGCGGGGCUUAGCAAGGUGGUCCACAACACAGCGCUGGACCCGGUGCACACCCCAACCCAAAGCCAGCCUUCACCAUCGCCAAGGCAGCACCGGCAGUCCAGCUCAGCCCAGACCCCUCCCCCCACGCACACUGUUGCCCCUGCCUUGAGUGUUGCUGCAGCGACCAGCCCCUCACGGCGAGUAGUGGCGUCCUCUUCGUGUCCCUCGUCCUCCUUGUCCUCCACCCAGAUGAACGGGACCCUGGAGCACCAGGGAGGCGCCGUGAAGAGGAGUCCCGCUACCACCAAGACGUCGCCGCAGAUUACGUGCCGGCUGCCCUUGCGGAAAACAUACAGAGAGAAUGUCAGCCCCCGCCGGCGCCCUGGGGUGCCCGGAGGUGGAGUCAGCUCUCCCCAGCACCUCCCCAUCUCACUGGCCCCACCUCCUGACUCCCAGAGCUCCUCCCCCACAGCCGACCGGACGGUGAUAGCCAGCGUAAAGCUGGAGAAGCGCGCCCGCCGGAGCUCCCCCUGCCCACCAGCCUGGGCUGACACAGAGCCGGGGGUUGAUGACCGGGAGCGGGGCGCCUCCCCGGGGCUAAUUAAAGAGCUGGCUGAGGUGGAGGAGGUGUUUUACCGUGGGAUGAUAAAAAAUGCCCACCGUCGCCGCUCAGAGGAGGAGGACGGCGAGGACAAUGAGGACAUGGGGAGGAAGGAGGAGCGUUCAGGUUCGGGCAGGUCUAGGCGGGGCAGCAGAAAGAGCCGGGAGAAGGGGGGCGGGUCCUCCAGGACGGACCGGCAGGUGCCCGGGUCGUCCUCACCUCCCACCGAGCCCUCCUGGGACUCUUCGCUUCCUGCCAAGCGUCGCCGGUCAGGUUCUCCGGACAUGGACAAUGCCAGUUUCUCCAGUGGCAGCCCACCACCCGACGACUCCCUCAAGGAGCACCUGCAGAGGGCGAUCGACGGCAUACUCAACCUCCAGCAGGGCGGCAGCAGAGCUCCUGGGGCCAGCAGAGCUCCUGGGGCCAGCAGAGCUCCUGGGGCCAGCAGAGCUCCGGGGGCCAGCAGAGCUCCGGGGGCCAGGGCUUAUCCAUCGCAGCGCUCCGGUGGACCUUCUUCGGGACCCCACAGACCUGCUGUACCCCUUUCCACGUCCCCUUCCCUUUCUGUAUCCCAGCGCUCACCGCUAGGGGGCGCUGAUGGACAUAGUCAUAACAGUAAAUUGGUUUCAAGGACUAGCAGCAGAUAGCAUCCCCUAAUUCAGGAAUGGACUGAGACUGUUUUUCCUUUUUCCUGGGUGGGGGGGUGACUGAUCUCUCAACCAUCUACUCUUGGGUGUGCUGUGUUUGGAAUUGUCCAGAAGAUGACAACACUUUAUUUUGCUUUAUUUGAGGAGGACAGCUGCUUGUCAUAAUUCUAACCCAGUUCUUCACCAGUCACCAGUCCUGCUGGUGCCGUGGUGCUGUGAGUUACCCAGCUGUUGGUCUCACACUCCAUACUUUCCCCCUACGUUGGCUUGUUGUCUCUUCCGUCCACCCCUAUGUUCUUCUCUCUCAAGCCAGUACUCUCAGAUGACCAUAGAGAGGUACACUUCUGGUUUUUCCAUCUUGGCAGAUCCACUGCUGUGCCCUCACUUCGCUCUUCGUGCCCGCUGUCCUGUCCGGUACGUCCAUGUGUGUCGAGAAGCCCCAUGGGAACCAGAAGGCGGAGCCAGGAGGGAGUCAUGGUUGUUGAUGUAUGAGUGCCUUCCUGUGGCCGUAGGACUGGUUUAAGCACCCAGCUCAGACAGCGUGAAGAUGGACCCUCGACCUGAAACAGGCCUGACCAUCCAGCUGCCUGAUCUCAGGUCAGGCUUUCCCAGGUCCGGUCCUGGAGAGGCAGACUGCGACACGGUUUGCAGAUUUACCUGCUCAAACACACCUACCAAACCUGCCAGUUGGCUGGUGAGUUGAGGUGUGUGUGAGUUAAGGUGUGUUUUAGCAGGGAAAUCUGCAAACCGUGAUGCCAACUGGCCUCCAGCACUGGAAUUGGGGAACCCUGUCGUAGGGGUUACCCCAGUGUCCCUCUUUGUGAUUUAACUCCCCCCAUUCCACCAAACCUUGACAGUAAUUGUCUGAAUCCCUUUCAGAAUGAAUUGUGGUGCUCGGUGUCCUUUUAACCAGAACUGGUUUCUCUUUGUACACCAGGCUUUUAUCUCCUGUGCAUAGGCUGGUAGGAAGUACCCCCCCCCUCCACUGCUCUACCCAGAAAGUUAAUGGGGUUGUUGCUAUGGUAACACUCAGAUCCUAAACAGACCCAAUGCAACACUGUGGAAUGAAGAAUUAUGUAAACACUGCUACGUUCGAUCCCUUGUAGGACAGAAUCGUGAGGGAGGUCCCCCAUCGGAGGCAUGAGUUUCCUGCUUUUUCCGUGCUGGUGUUUUGUCCCCCGGUGGUUAUAAAAGUCAGGGUAGGUCACACACUUGUUAGCGGACUGCUGGUUAAACGGCAGAGAGCAGAGCAGACUCACGGAUCCAAAGUAGACCACCAUCAACGUGGCACCACAGUCACUGCUGCGCAUUUCCACAGCCCGAAAGUCCAGCUGAAAUUCGACACCUGUCAUCUUCCAAGCUGACAGCAGGUGGCAGCACUGAGCGUGUUCUUUUUCAUGAAAAAGAGUCUUCCUGUCAAUGAAGGAGUGACUGAAUGUGAAUAAUAAAUUGUAGUUUAUUUUACUACUGCUGAGGUCCAGUCAUACAGAGGGACAUUCUAAAAAAACUCCUUUGCUCAAAGGGACAUUCGUGGUAAAUUGACUUCUAGAUACAAAGAUGUCAACACAAGGAAGCCACAACAACAACACCAUUAACUGCCACAACUCGAUGUGGUUAUGAUAAUCUUCCCAUCUCUAGACAAGUUUAUAAGCAAAAGGUAUCUGUCGAGGAAAAAAAAAAUUGGAAGUUAGUUUGUGAUCUGCGUCAUGCUGCUCUUUUCCUUACGGAUGCGGGAAAAGAUUCAUACUUACCAGGCAGUGAAAUAAAGCGCUCACUUUUUCAUUCACAACCGUGAGACUGUAGCAUCGUAAAUAGGUCAUGUUAACAUGUACAUGUUUCCUCAAGUUAGCCGCAUUUUAAGUUUCCUUGUCUUUCAGACUCUUUGGACAAUUAAACUCAAACACAGCACAAACAAUGAAUUAAUACAAACUCAAUAUAAAAACAUUUAAAAGUGUAAGAGAUUUUCCAAAUAUAGUACUUCAGAUUAAUUUUGUACUGUAUUUAUUGUGUAAAAUGAACAUUUUUAAAAACUGUACAUUUAGUAAAACUGUACAUUAAACCCUUCUUCUUUUAUAAUGGAAA